AUGGCAUCGAACGACGAUCUUUUCAAAUCAUCAUGGGCAUUUUUUACAAUUUCUAUUAUGUUUUUCCACCUGAAUCAUUUAGCGAAUGCUCAUAAUCCGUGUCAAUCAUCGCCAUGUGGUCCAGUUGGAAAAUGUAUUGUAACAAAUACGCCUGGCAUACCAUAUUACUGCCGAUGUCCAGAUGGACAAAAUACAAUGUUUCGAUGUGCCGACUCAAAUCCAUGCCAGCCUAAUCCUUGCGGUCCUGGAAAAUGUGAAGUGACUGCAGAUAUGCAAAAUGGGUAUAUCUGUCGAUGUCUCGAUGGUACAAUUGAGUUGACCAAUUGCUCAACACCGAAAAAUCCUUGUGCAAUAUUGCCCUGUGGACCAAAUGGACGAUGUAUAUCCCUAUCUGCAGCACCGAAAGGUUAUAUGUGUAUGUGUCAAAAUGAUGGUCUUAGCUUUACCACUAUCGAUACAUGCCCAAAAACAAACUCAAUUUGUACCCGUCUAACAUGUCGAAAUGGUGGCACUUGUGUCGCAUACUCAGCUAAUGAACCUUCUUGUAAUCCUGCCCAAAUCGGAUCUGUUUGUUGUCAAUGUCCUCCAAAUUAUACGGGUGCGCGAUGUGAACGAGAACUUGACUUCUGCAUAUCGAAUCCGUGCAAAGCAAACGGACGUUGUCUGUCAGGUAAAUCUGGGUAUCAUUGUCAAUGUUACGAAGGAUUUACAGGCGAAAAUUGCGAAGCGCGAAUAGUCAGUUCAGGUUGUUUAUCAAAUCCAUGUACUAUUGGUAUCUGCUACCAAUUAAAUCAAAAUGGACAAGCAUACGUCUGUAUCUGUCCAGAUGGCACAUUGAGUCUUUCAUGUACUUCAACCAAUACUACGCAAACUCCAUCGGUUGUAUCAACACCACCAGUACAGACAACGACUACUCCUGUGUCAACACUGCUGUUUAGCAAUAAUGCUAAAUAUGGUGGUGGUGUUAGCAAUGGAAAUAUUCUCCGACCUGUAUCUAUUUGUAUUCCAUCAGCGCGGUCAACAUGCAACGGUGGACAAUGUAUAUUGAGUCCCGAAGGAGCAUAUGUCUGUCGAUAUAUCAAUGAAUGUGCAUCGAAUCCAUGUUUGGGUGGUGGUAUAUGCUACGAUUUAGUUAAUGCAUACUCCUGCUUUUGUUCCGAUCGAGUCUUCCGAUCACAAUGCAAUACGACUAGUGUUCAACCAGUAGUUUCCAAUCCGCCCGUUUUAAUGAGUACUAGUAAUCACAAAAUAGCACACAAUCAGGGUGAUAAAUCUUUACCAGCUGAAUGCUUUUGCCGUAAUGGUGGUCUAUGCGUCACGAGUCAAAUGGGUAGAAAAUUUUGUCAAUGUCCUAAUGGCUUUACCGGAGUGUCAUGCGAAAUAUCUGCUGCAUCUGCGAUGAGUCCUGGUCAAUUGGCUUGUAGUCAGUCAUUGUGCCAAAAUGGCGGCACAUGCCAAGAACAAGGAUUAAGUGCUAUUUGUACUUGUAAACCAGGUUUUACUGGUCAACGUUGCGAAUCAGAAUAUUUUCGAUGUCAAGCCAACGGUCGUUUCGCUGAUACAUCAAGCUGUAAACUAGGUCGAUAUUUCGAAUGUGUCUAUUUCGGACAAUAUGAUUUGGGUUUACCAAACGGUGUUCUCUAUAGUCGUAGUUGUCCACCUGGUCUUUGGUUCAAUGCAUUGAAUGAUCGAUGUGAUUAUCCAAGUGCUGUCCAAUGUUGA